GUAUAAACAGACUCAGUAUCGAUACACCUCUGCACCCUGGUUCCACCUUCGGACCACCAUUUCCAUCAUGAUCGCUGUCAAACUUCUCUUCGCUGCCAGCAAUAUCCUUGUAUCUGCGUACGCUACAGCUUCGGAUGCAGACUCUCCUAAUGUUCGCUCCCUAAACUCUCGAGCACCAGCAUACAAGAUCUACGGUGGGGAUGGCACAGCUGGACAAGGCUGGCCUACGGAAGCCCAAUGGCUUGACUACGACUCUCUGUGGGCAGCCAACUACGAAGUGAUGAUGAACAAGCUUGACGAGACAGGGUGCCUUAAUGCAUGGGGGCCGAACACUGAAGCCGAAGUAGCAGUCAUCAAGUCUGGAAUUGAAGCCGCAGCAAGUACAUCCGGCCUUGACCACCGCUUCAUCCUCGCGACCAUGAUGCAAGAAUCAAACGGCUGUGUCCGCGUGCCCACCUCUAUCUCGCCAAACGAGCAAGUUCGAAACCCUGGCCUUUUCCAAUGCGCAAACGGUGAUCAUACAUGCAACGAAGAUGGAAACCUAAAAAUCCCUUGUCCCGACGACCAGAUUACUGGUAUGAUUAACGACGGAGUGUUGGGAACUGCAAGCGGACCUGGCUUGCAGCAGCUGGUCGUGGAAUCUGGUGCUCAAGAUGUCAGCAAGUACUACAAGGCUCUUGUCCUGUACAAUUCUGGUGUGCUCCCUCCAUCCGGCAACCUCGGACAGGGUCGCUCAACGCGGUGCUAUGCGAGUGAUUUGGCCAAUCGUUUGACAGGAUGGACAGGCAUUGGAAGGACGUGCGACCCCAAUACUAUUGGCGAUAAUUGGGGUACACCGAUUGGAGAAAAGUUUGAGGGUGCUCCUGCGAAUUGCAUUCGUUGGUAUACCGUGCAAAGUGGUGAUGGGUGUCGUUCGAUUGAAGAAGCCAACGGUAUUGCCUUGGGCACGAUCAAGAAUUUGAAUCAGGGGGUAGAUUCUAACUGCGGAAACUUACGUAGAAACGUAAACUACUGCUUAGCUACGUCAGACUAA